GAGGCUCAUUGGCUCGCUCCCUGGCCAAUCACCAUACGCUUUCCGAUUUCUCCCUUCCCUCAGCAGUGCCAACCCCGGGACGUUUAAAUUGCACCUUGCUAGCGACUACCGCGCCUUAGAAUAAUACCUGGAGAAAUUAAUAUGGAAUAUUUGCCACCGGUGUGGCAAAUGUUGAGGCAAGACAGAAUCUGCUUCCUCAGAAAGGAGGUGUGUGAAGAAUCUUUAUCCUCUAGGAUAGAGAUGGUGAGUGUGGGAGUCAGCACAGAGCCAUGCCGUGCCAGGUGGGAGGUGGAGACAGACAAAACUAUCCUACAGCGGCGGCAAAAGCAGAUAGAUUAUGGCAAGCGCACACCUGGUUACCAGUCCUUUCUACAGCAGGUUCCCAAGGCACAGCGACUGCCAGGACUUCACCCUCAAACGCCAAACAAGAACAGGAGGUACAGCCGUCGAUCCUGGGAUGCCCAGAUCAGGCAGUGGAGAAGAGCCCUACAUUCCUGACCCCCCAACCAGCCUCUGCAGGCUGAGGGGUGGGGAAUGGAGAAUCUCUUAGAGCCAAUGGAUUCUUCCCCUUUGCAACCCUCAGGGAAUCUGGAUGGAGACCAGAAGGGAACCCAGCUUGCAGAUUUGGUGGCUCCUGCCUCCUCCCUUUCCUGGAUCUGUGAGGAAGAUCCCCACCACUGGCUCUACGUUCUAGCUGAUUACAAUUAUCUGUCCCAAACUUGAGUGGAGCACAAAAUAUUUAGGGAAAACAUGUCUUUCAGAGGACUUGUUGCUGAAUGUGACAAUGAAAUUACUUGCAGUACUUCUUUCCAAUCGAUUAAAAAUGAAGUCUAAAACUCUGUCCUUUAAGAGAUCAUAACACGAAGGCAUUGUUUAACCCACCCCAUCUUCCCAUUUUUUUACCGUCUCUCUAAACCUUCUCGAUAGCUGAGACUCAAAUUGACAUAAGAGCCAGAAAUCACCCAGCUUUUCCACAACCUCUUCACCUACUACUAUAUUCAGAUUCUUAAAAAAGGACUGAAACUUUGGCUGAGGUGGGAGGUGGUGGGAGUGGUGGAGAUUUUGUAAAAGGUGGUUUCCUCUUCCUGAGGAGAAAACAGAGCCAUCAAUAUUUUCCCCUCAUCUGUCUGUUUGCUCCCUCCCUUUCUGUCUAAAGGAAAGUGGUCCAGCUGUAACCACCAUAAUUUUCCCCUCCCCCUUCCCCCUCCCCCACGCAAGCAACUGAACCGCCUAUGAUGUCAUAAUCACAAUCCCAUUACCUCAUCCUGCUGGGGGGGGGUGCGUAGGGGAGGAGGAGUGAACAGCCCUGGGCCCUGGUCAGCUUUACGAUAUUUUGGGUAACGGCUAAUUACAGAACCAAGUAGGAACGGCCCCGCAACCGUUAUAAGUCCUG